ACACUGCUGCUGCGAGCGUGGACUUCAAACUUAACUCAUUUUCGUCUGUCAUUCACUCUGAAUGAGUUAGAGACAAUGUCCGUCCGUGUAUUAGAAAUCAUCUUUUUCUUUUAUUUUGCCACUCACAUUCCCAUCACGUUAUUUAUCGACUUACAAGCCCUGCUGCCUGGACAUGUGUAUCCCCAACCGCUGAAGCAGCUCGUGGGCUGGUACGCUGAGGCGUUCAGGGACCCCCUGCUGCUGGACCCCCCGCACUGGUUCCGCUCCUUCAUCCUCUGUGAGGCCGUGCUCCAGACUCCCUUCUUCCCCGUCGCAGCUUACGCUUUCCUCAAAGGUGGGUGUAGGUGGAUCCGGACCCCGGCCCUGGUGUACUCCACACACGUGGCCACCACGCUGGUCCCCAUCCUGGCCCACAUCCUCCUCCACCAGUUCCCAGGGAGCCCCCACCCCGGCCCCCAGACCCCCCAGGAGCGCUGGCUGCUGGUGGCCGUCUACGCCCCCUACCUGCUGGUGCCGCUGCUGCUGCUGCUCACCAUGCUGCUGUCCUCCACCUACAGCGCCCCCAGCAGGCCUGGAGGAGACACGGCCACAGCCAAGAAGAAAAAACACUGAUUUACUCCGGAUCUGGCGUCUUUAUUUCUUUGUUGUGUGAGUCGAGGAGAAACUGCUUUAAAUCAGCCAGAAUGAGUCAUUCUGUUUGAAUUAAAAUCCUUAUUUGUUAGAAUAGGCUUUGUGUUUUUGUAUCCACGCAUUAACAUGCUGACAUGGAAGUGUAACACGACCAGGACACAUCAGGAUUGUGGCUGAGAGUUUGGUUCUGUAUUUUCGAGCUCUGGGCUGAUUUCAAACAGAUAUGAACAUUGAGAGGAGACGGGGGUGG